ACCAACCAAGAAUGCAGAUGUUCAUUGCUUGAAACCACUGAGUCUCUGGAGGUGGAUGACUACAGCGUGUCCAUUUUGGGGAAAGUUGAGCAAACAAAAGCUAGCCCAGAAGAACCCAUUUGCGACAGAGAAGACUGUUCUAGAGUAGUAGGUGUGAGAAACUCACCCUUUGUCCCAGCAGAAUGUCAGACUGACUCUUUGGCAGAAGAAUCUGAUUCUUUGGUUGAUGGAGAUACAAGACAAGCUCCAGAUGAUCGUGAAGAAGUAACCCGGAUAGAGGCAAAAGGGUGCCUGAGGAAUCUUGAAGACCCUCUGCCUGAUGAAGGGACCCAGUUGCCCACCAGUUCUUCAGAUAUGGACUGGGAAGAUGAAUCUCUGGUGGUGGGCAGUGGCCAAGAUCCUUGUGCAGAUUGGUAUCCCAAAAGUAAGCUUGAGAGUUUACAUCACCCAAGAUUCAAGGCCUCCCCAAGCGUUACUGAGUCUGAGUUCAUUUGUGGUUCAGGUCCUGGGAACGAGACUUGUAAAGAUGGCGAUUGGGUAUCCUUGGAAAAUAGCCAGAAGGUGUCAGAUGUUAAGUCUGAGGCCAUGAAAUAUGACUUUCCUUUUGGUUUUAAAAAAGAGGAUUGGUCAGCAUUGCUAUCCCUUGACAUGGACCAUAGGCCCAUGCCCUUCAAGGAUUACAUCAAUUUCUCUGUCACCAAGAAGCACAAAGAGAAAACCAGGACUUUCCACUCGUUCUCCAAACAACACAACCCUUUCACCAGAGAUUUGGGAUUAAUCAACUGGAGCAGGAGCUGGGGAUUCCUGAGUGACCCAGUUCAAAACAUUUUAGACAUGGAAUGCCUGCGGUUCCAUUGCAGGGUCAAGGAGAUCCUGAAGAAAUCACAACGUUCUACCUCCCGUGUUCUUCCCACCAAGAAGAUCCUGCCUCAGCUGAUAGCAGAAGCGUUACCGCUGAGAAAGGUCUCUGAACUGUCAGCUGCCGGUUCCCCCCUUAGGAGCAGAAGUCCACUUCUGGUCACCAUUGCCAAUGCAGAUCCGAGGACCAGUGGCAGAUGUGAUGAAUUCUUCAACCCCCUUCCUGCCGUCCAGGAGCCAUUUUGCUCAGCCGCUGCUCUGAAGUGUCAAGAGGGGCUGGGGCCGAGGCAUCCUUUCCCUCCUUCCCAUCUCCAGAAACUAACCUAUAAUAAGCUAAACAGUUUCCCCGGGGAUCUCUCGGUCGUCGUCGAUGAGUUUGCCAAGCUCAGCAGAGCAAUGGCGUUCGAGGGCGGGCGGGCAGGCAACCAUGAGGGAGACCCCACUGCUACCUCAGAAGAUGCAGGCGAGAAGAGGGGACCUGCUGUGCCUCCGAGAGCCAUCGGCUACGAUUAUCUUUUCACUGAGCUGCACAACACACUACAUGUCCGGCUGAGGAAUGUGGCUCAGGAAGCGUGCAGGAAGCCCUACUUGUUCUACUUGAUGGAAACAGAGGACGAUCCUUUCUUUGGGAGAGUGAAGGUAAGACUUGGUUGGUGAAGGGGGUCUUGGGUCCCCAUGAGGAAAUGAGCUGCUGCAGGAGGUUUGUGCUUGGUCGGUUGGAUGCAAACGUUGCUCUGGGUAGCUGUGAACCAGUGUUUCUCAACCUGGGCA